GGAGCAGGCCCGGCUGUACCAGCCGCGGCCCGAGCUGCUGCCGGCGGCGCACGUCCCCUCGCUGGCGGACUACCGGCGGCUGUACCGGCGCUCCGUGGAGGAGCCGCAGGAGUUUUGGGGUGACGUCGCCAAGGAGUUCUACUGGAAGCAGCAGCACUCGGGGCCGUUCCUCAGGUACAACUUCGAUGUGACGAAGGGGAAGAUCUUCAUCGAGUGGAUGAAAGGGGCGAAGACCAACGUCUGCUACAACCUCCUGGACAGGAACGUCGGCGAAAAGAAACUCGGUGACAAAGUGGCUUUUUAUUGGGAAGGGAAUGAACCGGGGGAUUCUAUGAAGAUCACAUACAGCGAGUUGCUGCGCAAAGUCUGUCAGUUUGCCAAUGUCCUCCGUAACCAUGGUGUGAAGAAAGGUGACCGAAUCUCCAUCUACCUGCCGAUGAUCCUGGAGCUGGUCAUAGCCAUGCUCGCCUGUGCCAGGAUUGGAGCCAUCCACUCUGUUGUGUUUGCAGGUUUCUCAGCAGACUCUCUUUGUGAGCGGAUCCUCGACUGCGGUUGCUCCCUCCUCAUUACGGCAGAUGCCUUUUAUCGAGGGGAUAAGCUGGUCAACCUGAAGCAGAUUGCAGAUGAAGCUCUCCAGAAGAGCAAAGACAAGGGCUUCCCUUUGAAGAAGUGCAUUGUGGUGAAGCACCUGGGACGAGAGGAGAUAGCAGCAGACGGGGCAUGCAGCCAAUCUCCUCCUCUCAAAAGGCUGUGCCAGGACGUGCAGGAAAAAAAGACUGAAAGCUCACAGAGACUCCAUCCCAAGAUCCCCUGGGAUCCACGCAUGGAUGUGUGGUGGCAAGAUCUAAUGAGCGGUGCCAGCACGGAGUGUGAGCCUGAGUGGUGCGACUCAGAGGAUGAACUCUUCAUCCUCUACACAAGUGGCUCAACUGGAAAACCCAAGGGUGUGCUGCAUACAGUGGGUGGAUACAUGCUUUAUGCUGCCACUUCAUUUAAGUAUGUCUUUGACUACCAGCCUGAAGACAUCUAUUGGUGCACAGCUGACAUUGGAUGGAUAACAGGCCAUUCCUACAUCACUUACGGACCCUUGGCAAAUGGGGCAACUAGUGUAUUAUUUGAAGGUAUCCCCACCUAUCCGGAUGCUGGGCGAAUGUGGAGUAUCAUUGACAAGUACAAGGUGACCAAGUUCUACACGGCACCCACAGCCAUCCGGCUGCUGAUGAAGUAUGGGGAGGAGCUCGUAAAAAAGCACAGCCGGAAGUCUCUGAAGGUGCUGGGGAGCGUUGGGGAGCCCAUCAACCCUGAAGCCUGGCUGUGGUACUACCGUGUGGUGGGAGAGGAGAGGUGUGCCAUUGUGGACACGUUCUGGCAGACAGAGACGGGUGGCCACAUGCUUACACCUCUUCCUGCAGCCACCCCCAUGAAACCAGGCUCUGCUACGUUCCCCUUCUUUGGUGUGGUCCCUGCCAUCAUGAACGAGUCGGGGGAAGAGCUGGAAGGAGAAGCAGAAGGCUACUUGGUAUUUAAGCAGCCCUGGCCAGGAAUAAUGCGCACACUGUAUGGAAACCACCAGCAGUUUGAAACCACGUACUUCAAGAAGUUCCCUGGGUGCUACGUGACAGGUGAUGGUUGCAGGAGAGAUAAAGAUGGUUAUUACUGGAUCACAGGGCGAAUUGAUGACAUGCUGAAUGUUUCUGGCCACUUGCUGAGCACUGCAGAAGUGGAGUCAGCUCUGCUUGGGCAUGCAGCCGUCUCUGAGGCCGCUGUGGUCAGCCACCCACAUCCCCUGAAAGGCGAGUGCCUCUACUGCUUCGUGACCCUGAAAGAUGGCCAUGAAUUCACCAAGGACCUGGCAGAUGAGCUGAAAAAACAAGUCAGGGGAAAAAUCGGACCGAUAGCAACGCCUGAUUACAUCCAGCAUGCUCCCAGCCUGCCCAAAACCCGUUCAGGAAAGAUCACCAGGCGGAUACUAAGGAAGAUUGCCCAAAAUGACAGAGAUCUGGGGGACAUCUCCACCUUGGUAAACCCAGGCAUUAUAAACCAGCUUUUCAACAACAGAUGCGACACCAAACUGUAGCAGCGUGACUUCUGCCUGCUGAACAGAACUGUAGCAGCAGUGUCCUAAUGAGCAGGUCCCUCAAGUAACCACUGUCUGCCUUGGGCAAGAAACCUUCACCUGUUGAAAUCGAAUGUACAGAUGUUAAGAGAUGAAGGAAGGCUGACCCUGGAGAGGCUGCGUCUUGCCAGCAUGUUCAUGCCUUGGAGGAGUGUUCAUGUCACAUCGGAGAUGGGUAUCAUACACCUGAGGUUUGGCCUCAUUUAUGCUGGGACUUGUGACCUGUGCUCCUCUGUUUUCAUCACCUCGAUCUUGAUUUUUAUUGUUUUCUCUUGGGGGGGAAGGGGAUGUUGAUUAACUUUAUGUAGUUGAGGGAGCCUGGUGUCCUUAGUUGGUUCCCUCAGUGGGAAGGAGCUGGGGGCAGAUUGUAGGGGAAGUGGUACUGGAGUUACUCAGUGCAGGCAGGCAUGGGAUGCUCAUCUACCACUGUCUACAUGCUGAGUAACCUUCCUUUUCUACUCAGAGCUAUGGGAAAACUUAAAAGCACUCUCACAUCACAAGCACAACUGAAUUUUAGACUUGCAUCCACUGUUUUUUAGCUUAGGUCCCAUACCUGAAAGAGAAUGAGGUAAGGCUUGGGAGCUCUGUGCUUUAGCUGGAUUUUUUAGAGCUCUUUGGUACAGAGCACUGCAGAGGCAUCUUUCCCACUGCAAACCAAUCAAACGUGUGUUACUUCUGCUUAAAUCUGGCAUGACCUUAUGAUGAUGAGAGAAAACAGUAACUCCAGCCCAAGUCUGAACACCAUGAGGGUGCUACCAAAGCCAACAUUUCCUCAUCAAGUUAAUUACAUUGAACAUCAGCCCUGGAUUGAGCUGGGAAGGAUACCUCUUUGUAAUGUCUGUACUGAAAUCACACCUGAGCUGUUUGAUUUCUACACUUAAACCAAAGGAAAAACGAGCUUUAAAUCUUGCUGCAACAGGCUUUACCCUUAAACUGAGCUGGUGUUUGGCUGGCUGGGAAGAAGGAGGUAACUCUUCCAAGGCCCAGGGCAGGUGUUGCAGGUGCUCUGCAGAGCUGCUGCCCAAGUCUCAUUUCUUGCCUGCUGCUCUCACUGGCAUGGUAUCUGUGACCUACAACCUCAGUCAUGCCUGUGUCCCAUAUACCACCCACUGCUCCCUUCCACAGGAUUGUGCCACUUCUUUAACGUGAGUUCCUACAUCUGUUCUCCUCCUCUGUUACUACUUGUUGUGUAAUUUUGGCUGGAGACAGCUAGAACUCUAUGCAAAAUGGAAUAAAAAUUUAAGAAAACAAAA